UUGGCCAGUAGCUCUUUGCUCAAGAACCUAUUGUGGGCGUGGUUGGGUCAGUAUUUACAUUUUAUUUAUGUCCACAGAGUAAAGCGAGACUCCGGGAAGCCUGUGCUGGAGCAUGAACCCAUCAUUGGUUGUCGGAAUAUUAAAACACAACGCGUCCAGGGUAAUAAUCAACAGAUGAGCCCAACGGAGCUGCAAAGUACCUCGUUAACAGACGGAUAGUUCCUGUCUAAUUUCAAGGAAUGGAUGCAACUCAGGCGAUCAGUGAAUCGAUCUUAGAGUCAGAGGAGGAGGAAAAUGAAGAGGAAAUCCAAAAUGAAAGGAGGAAGCCAUUGGCCAAACUGUGCAUCUUAAAUAAUCCACACAUCCCUGAGAAAGAGUUGCCCCUCUUCCUGGGAAAUAAUUUCCUGGGUCGUGACCCAAAUCUUUGCACACUACAGUUGUUGGCACCAUCUGUAUCCAAGCAGCAUGCUGCCAUCAGCAUCUCUGUUCACCGGAGAAGAGGCCGUGUCCAUGAAAUGGACAUGGAGGCCGUGGUUUGGGACCAAAAAAGCAUGAAUGGGACCCGUAAGGGACGUCUCAAGCUGACUCCCAACGUGCGCUAUGCCCUCAGUGAGGGGGACAACUUGGUUUUGGGGGACAUCCCAUGUCGGUAUGUGAGCUCCGGGGUGGACUCCCCUUCUUCCCUUGGUGAUAUGAAGACAGCAAGACAAUCGGAAGCAAACGCCAGAUUGUCAGACUGGGAUGAUAUUGACACAGGAAGCAAGAAAUCUGUCCGCAGUUGCACAAAGGCUAAGAGGACUCCUGUCACAGGCGGCUGUCUCUCAUUUGAGAAAACUCCAGUCCAGCCACAGGAGAGCUUGGUGCCAGAAUCUGAUUCUGACUCAGAGAGCGAAAGAGAAGGGAAAGGAAACAGAAAACAGAAGGAUGUUGUGUCUGAUUUAGGCUGCCACAAAUCCAGACUGAGUGAUUCUGUAUUCUUAAGCCCUCAGAGCAAAGUUGUUCCUGAAAGUGAAGACGAAAGCCCCAUCACACCGUCUUCCUCCAGCAGAAAUGGGUCAAGCAGAUGCAUCAGUUUCAGCUUGGAGAAGACGGAUGUUGACCUGGAGAAAACUAAGUCAUCUGUGUUUGCGGAAAAUGGUGUGGAGGAAGAAGAAGGAGCAUCCAAAGGAGUGGUGUAUUCAGAAGAAAGAGGAGGACAUGUGAAAGGGGAAGCCAGUGAAAGUCCUACAGAAAUCAGUAAAUCUCUCAGGUCGACGCUACAGGUCUCCAGAGACGCCCCCCCUGAAUUUAACCUGGACAGUGACACAGAUGUGGAGGGAGGAGAGGAAGAGGCGGUGCCUGCCGGGAAAAGUGAUCCACGCCCAAACACAGUCCUAUCACACUUGGACAGUGACACUGAUGUUGAUGAGGAUGUCUCAGAUAAAGCUCCAAGAACUUCGCCUUUAACUGAUGAAGCAACAAAAUGUUCUGCAGUUGCUUCUGGUAUUCAGCUUGAGGGCAUUACAAUGGACAGUGACACUGAUGUGGAUGAUGAUGAUGAUGCUAAAGUCACAUCCAAAGCGACUUUACCUCAGUGUGUGCACAGCGCUGACUCCGGUCCUUCAGUACAGUCUGGAGAUUUCCACUUGGACAGCGACACAGAUGUGGAUGAGGAAGAGGAGGUUGGGAAACAGGAAAAUCCCAAAACAGACAAAACACUUCUGUCUCCUCACAAUCUGCAUCCAGACAGUCACACCUGUGGUAAGGAGGUGACUGCAGCUGGCUUGGAUAUUUUGUCUGAAAGUGAUACGGACCUGGAAGAAGACUCACUCCCUGCUGUUCCUGCUGCUGCAGCAGACCUGCCUCUGCCAUCUGCUGCAGCAGCCGGAGCUCCCAAACCAGAAUCAGAUGCAGAUACAGAUGUCGAUGAACCUGUUGCUCCCCAAGCUGCAGAUGAGGGCAAACCAGCUGACCUUAGGAUGGAAAGUGACACAGAUGUGGAGGAUGAGGAGGCAAAUCCUGGAGAAGUAGAACAGGGGCAGAUCCCCCACCUGCUGAGAGAAAAUAAUCCUGGGUUUCCGGUUCCUCUUUGGCAGAACUGUUCUACUCCUGUUCAUGUCUCGGAAGGAGAAGUUGAACAGAUGGAAACUCAGGUCUUCACAAGCCCUACUUCACAUCCACGUAAAUAUGCUGCAUCUUCCUCCUUAAGUCCAGCACUAAUGUCUUCUUGCUCAGACAGUCAGGAAGAUGAAGAUUAUGCGGUGGCUGAGACCCAAUCUUUCAUUCUUCAGACGAGAAGUUCCCACAAAGUCUUGAAUCCAAACCGAGCCUCCGUUCUCAAGUCCUCUGCUGUCAAACCAGAGGACGGGUCCAAAAGAGAUGAUUCUUUCCAGCUGGGACUGUCUGACAGCAGCCACCUGCAGGGCGAGGUCAGGGAGAAUAUGCAAGCUUACACUGCAGUCGGUGGCAGAGUAAACAUGGAGGAUACUCAGGAUUAUGAGGAAAGUGCAGAGAAUGACUCACACCUGGAGGCCACGCAGCCCUACGAAGUGGAACCUCCCAGAUCUUCAGAAAUGUCUAAAAAAGAAACCUGUGUUGACUUGACUAUGGAAGCAACUCAGGCUUAUAUCCCAGAACCUUAUGAUGAAGGUUCAGAUGAAGAUGAGGGACUAAACUCUGCCAGGACUGAAAGAGAGGCUUUAUCUGCAAUUGCUAUGGCUGAAACCCAGCCAAUGUUCUCUUCUGCGGAGGAUGAUGAGCCAGGAUGUUCCUCAGAACCCGUUAAGAAUGAAACGGAGAGGCGCAUCACUGAUUCUGAAUCAGUAGCAGAAACACAGCCCGUGUUUACAAGUGACAAUGAGGAGAGUGGUGAUGAAGAGUUGUCAGUGGAGUCCAUAAAAUCUGCAGAGGAGCAGAAACCUCCACAAACUUCUUCAGCCUUAUGCCUCGCUGAAACCCAACCCGCGUGUCUGAGCGACAAUGAGGAGAGCGGCGACGAUGAAGAGUUGUCAGCGGAGCCUCUGCGACCUUCAAAAGUGGAGACGCACCCAAAUACUGAUGCAGCUUUGUCGCUCGCUGAAACUCAGCCCCUGCAUGUCAGUGCUGAUGAAACUGAGCCGAUGGAUUCAUGUGCAGAUCAUGAAAAUAACUCGGAGAUCCGUCUUCCACGAAAAAGAAAAGUGAAGCAGCUUCAUAUUGAUGAAGAGGAGUCACUGCAGCGCACAGACUCUGGUGAAAUGCAGCCUUUGACUUCAGGUGAGGAUGACGACGAUUCUGAGUUGAUGCCAAGCCUGCGGAAAAAGAAAGCAAAGCCGCUGCAGCUGGAAGACGAGACACAAUCUCUAGUUGGUUCUCAAGUCUCUGCUGUUGAAUCUCAGCGUUCGGUUACAUGUGAGGAAGAACAAAGCAGCCAAGACUUUAUCUCCACCCGAAAAAGGAAAGUGAAGCCGCUGCACAUUGAAGAUGAGCAGACCCAGCCUCUGAUAAAUUGCGACGAUGAAGAAAGGGGGUCGAAGGCUCUUCCUCUCACCGCUGCUGGGGUUCCUCCUGCUGAAGUCCAGACAGAAGGGAGGGAUGGGAAAAGGGAUGGUGAUGAAUCUGUCGCAUAUCCACGGAAAAGAAAGGAAAAACGUCUUCAUCUUGAGGAAGAGGAGACGCAGCCAGUCUCAGCUUCUGAAUCUCAGAGAAAAACUGACGAGAUGAAAGUUUCACCACGUCCCAAAGAAACAGGAGAACAAACAAAGACUACGGAUGACAAAAAUCAGCAGGAAGUGAAGGUGGUUAAUCAAAAAACAAGAAGGAGAAGAACUACAAGAAAACAGGGAGAACCAGAUGAGGACAAAAACAAGAGCCAGAUAACAGAGCAAAGAGUUGGAAAACUUGGAGAAGACGAAAAGGAAACAGAUAGACACAAGGAGAAGGAAGAGCUGAUGAAUGAAGGGACAUCCAGAUCUCAGCUUGAAGAAGAGAUGCAGCCGGUCACAGUUUCUGAAGUAUCUCCACCAAAUACUCUGGAAAAAAACGAUGUAUUUGAUGCAUCCAGCAUUUCAAGUUCAGUGGAAACUCGAUUUGGAGAAGAGGAAGAGAAGGUACCAUGUUCUUCACGUCACAAUAGACAGAUGAAGACUGAAAGUAAACCAUUACCAAGCACCAGAGGGCGGAGAGGAAAAACCAAAUCUGAGGAUGACAACAAUCAGGAAGAGGUGAAGGCAGCUAAUGAACGGACGAGAGGGAGAAGAAGUACAAAGAAACAGGAUGAUGAUGAAAGACAAAGGAGUGAUGAAAAUAAGAGCCUGAUAAAGGAGGAAGGAGACAAAGAAGAGGGAGAACAUGUGGAGACAGAGAGACAAAAUGAGAGGGAAGAAAAUUCAAAAGGAAAACACAGAUUAAAGGAGAUGAAAUCAGGAAGUGAAGUAGAAGAAGAAAAGGGAACAACUGUGGAAACAACAAAGACAAACCAAGAACACCUUGCAAGACUGGAGAAAGAAAAACAGCCCAAAGAAUCACAAGAAGACAAGAAUGAAGAGAAGAACCCCAAAGGUUCUGCAAGAGUGCGAAGAACUGCAAGGAGAACAACCACAGCCGUACGUGAAGCCGUGAGCGAGGAUGUCCCAGCCAGGAGAACCCGAUCCCGCUCCAACUCCCUCAGCUCAGAGCGGUCGAUCUCCUCCGUCAACAGCAACACCCCGGAGAACAAAGGAACAGAAAGAGGAGCGAAGAGGAGCAGCCAAGCCUUCCAGACAGAUACUGUGAGAAGCAGCCGCCGAAGGACGGCAACUGCAGUCCAACCGGACGCUGAAGCUCAGGCGGUCAGUGUGACCUCUAAAUUCUCCAGAGGAAAACCACAAGGAAGAGGGAAGAAAACAUCGCCUCAGCCUGAUGUUGUGAUUAAAGAAAAUGAACAGAAAGCCACUGAGGUUCUGCAGGAAGAUGAGAAAAGGAAAGCAGACACUAAGCUUGCUGGUACCAGCAGGGUGCAGCGGCGAGCCACUGCCAAUUGCUCUGAAGCUUCAGUUUUCAAUGAUGAGGGCCUUCAGAUAAAUCAGGAACAGACCACUCUGUCCAAGAGAAACAUGAGAAACAGAGGCGCAACAACAGUAAAGACCAAGCCUGUGGAGGAAACUGAGGCUCCCACAGCGACUGAUGGUGACGAGGCCAGAAACAAGAGAAAAAAAUCAACAGAACCAGGAGGGAAAGAGGAGCAACAGGAAGAGAUUCCUGUUGGGAUACAGGGCAGGAGAACAAGCAGAGCCUCAAGCACUCAGGUGAAGAAGAACAAAGAGUCGCUCCCUACACAGGAAGUAACAGAUGGAAAGAAGGCGGGGGCAGCUGGGAAGAAAGCCAGGGGUCGAACAACCUUGGUCCAGAAAAAUAAAAACCUGGAGAUGCAGGAAACUCAGACGUCUGGUUCUUCCAUGGAACUGGCUGGAAACGAGAUUGAGUCAGAGAUCUCGGCUAUGACUCCUUCCCGGAAGCGGCGUGUUUCCUCAAACUCCUCCCUCGUGGCUAAGACGCCGCGCUCCUCCUCUGCGUCUCCACCUAUAGUUAGCCGAGUACGAUCCAGGAGCCAAACCUACAAGGUUCUGUUCACCGGAGUGGUGUAUGAAGAUGGAGAGCAGCUGCUGGCUCGUUUAGGAGGCGCCAUGGCCAGAGGCGUCUCCGACAUGAACUGUCUCGUGACCGAUAAAAUGCGAAGGACGGUCAAAUUCCUGUGCGCCGUGGCUAAAGGUGUCCCAAUCGUCACCACUCAGUGGCUGGAAGAGAGCUGUAAAGCUGGGAGCUUCCUCUCUCCGCUUCCUUUUGUUGUGAAAGAUCCAGAGCAGGAGAAGAAGUUCAGCUUCUCCCUGCAGGAGUCUCUGAGGACUGCCAGCAGUCAGCCUCUCCUCCAGGGAUAUAAGAUCCACGUCACAAAGUCGGUAAAGCCGGAACGGGUUCACAUGAAAGACGUCAUCACCUGCUGCGGCGCUACCUUCCUGACAAAGAUGCCCUCGGCUCACAAGCCUCGGACCGUAGUGAUUUCCUGCGAGGAGGACCUGCGGCUGUGUGGCCCCGCCGUGUCUGCGUCUCUUCCCGUCGUCACUGCUGAGUUUAUUCUCACAGGAAUCCUGCAGCAGAGAGUCGAUUUGCAGACUCAUGCACUUUCUCCCUCUGCCACCAACCUGCAUCCUGCUGAGAGCACAGGAAGAGGCCGAAAGAAGACUUAGCGCACGAUGUCUCACUGAGAAAAUGUUUGGGUUUGUGCAUCUCCUUGAGAUUAAAUGACAGACUUUCUGUGUGCGUGAAAGGUUAGGAAUGUAUUUACCAUCAAAUGCAAACAAAUUUUCUAGGAACAUUGUUUCUAGAAAACAUUUAGAACGUGUCUCUAGAGGCUGGGCUAGGGACACGUUUAUGACGGAUUAGUUUUCGUCAUGAAGUUUGAUAUGUUUGAAUCGUGUGUGUGUUGAAGGCUCUUUAUUGAAAUCCAUCUGCUCCAGAUGUCUGUAGGUACAACAGGCUUGUUUCCUGUGCUGAUAAAACGGGCGAAGUGCCUUUUAUACGUCAGAUGACCAUGUGCUCAGCACUGUGGCUGUUGCUCCAGUUUCCAUUAAGCAGCUCCACUCCAUUAAGGCGUCAUUCAAUCUUAUUGCCUUCAGGGAGAGAUGCACACCAUGAUUUCCUCAUAGCUAUGAUGCUGCUGCAGCAGCAACAUUUCAUCCUGUUGGUCCAUCACACACAUUCACUACAUGUGAAACUCUUACUGGGUUUUUGCUGUAAGUCGUCUUUUAAAGGUAAAAACAAAAGCUUGUCAUUUAUGCCUCGCAUGGGACUUGACGGCGAUUGUGUCAAAUCAUGAAAACAUUAAAGGUUUUGUAUAUAUUGCAA